GUAACAAGCGCGUCAAUGCAAAAUCACAAACUAUCAAAAUUAGUGAAUUCAUAUUUCACAUUUCUUGGUCCUACCCAUAGGAUUCAGCGCCUAUUUGAUGUUCUUGACAUAAAUGUCCUGAACUUAUUUUAUAAGGAUACAAAUUGUAGCCUCCGGUCAAGAAAUUCCUGGUAAACUGCCAGAUGUAGCCGACAAUGUGCUCUGCGCCUGCGUACUAGUCUGUGUGGCACUUUUGCGGUGACGUGACGAGCUUGCUGUCAAGAAGGAAAAGGGCAUCCUUCUGAAAAAUCUGAAAUAGAGACACGAACAGAAAAAGGUUAAUAAAACAGACUAAAUUAGUAUCAACUUCCUGAUACAUGUAAUUAAUUUCAGCGCAUUUCCUCUGUAUAGGGCUGAUCGUAGUGGACAUGGAUGCCCCUCUUCCUAUUUAACCAGCCCAGCCUGCCCUUCUUCACACUGCCCCAGUCUGGAUGAAUGGAGAUGAGACAUUGCGGACCCAUCAGCAGCAGUGUGCAGCAUGAACAGCCACACACUGGGCGACUCUCUGGGCCCUAGCCUAGCGGUGCGUAUGAGCGGAGCCGCCGGUGGCUGGAGCAGUCUCUCUCUGAAGCCAGUGCCUACCGGGUGGAUCCCCUCUCUGUUUCAAACCAUGGUUCCUACGGGAUACACCAAGCUCCAGGAGGAGCGUGGUCUGGCCAUGGCCGACCUGGGAUCCAAGCCUGAGGGGAACGGCUACCGGCCUGACCCCCCACAUCUGGAGGUGCGGCGGCACUCGGACCGGGUAGCGCGGACGUCCGUUAGCCUGUCAGACGGUGGGGACGUGCGAUACUCUGAGACUGAGCCCAUGCUCCCUGAGGGGACGCUCUCGGGGGAGGAGGGCGAUGAUGAGGCAAAGGAGGAAGAGGAGAGUCAGAGGCCCCCCACACGGAACAUGCCCAAGGAGUCGCCCCUGGCCAUGGCGCUGCAGAUCGUGGUGCCUUUCCUGCUGGCUGGGUUCGGCACAGUGUCAGCAGGGAUGGUGCUGGACAUAGUACAGCACUGGGAUGCCUUUAAGUACAUUACAGAGAUUUUCAUCCUGGUUCCGGCUCUGCUGGGCCUGAAGGGCAACCUGGAGAUGACUCUCGCAUCCAGACUAUCCACCGCGGUGAAUGUGGGGAAGAUGGACUCUCCCAUAGAGAAGUGGAAUCUGAUCAUAGGAAACCUGGCGCUAAAGCAGGUACAGGCUACAGUAGUAGGUUUCCUGGCGGCGGUGGCAGCGGUGGUUCUGGGUUGGAUCCCAGAGGGGAAGUUCCAGAUGAGUCAUGCCGUGCUGCUCUGCUCUGCCAGCGUGGCUACUGCCUUCAUAGCCUCUAUGUUGCAGGGCUUCAUCAUGGUGGGGGUGAUCGUGGGCUCCAAGAAGACGGGCAUCAACCCCGACAACGUGGCUACGCCCAUCGCCGCCAGCUUCGGUGACCUCAUCACCCUGGCCAUCCUGGCCUGGAUCAGCCAGGGGCUCUACAACUGCCUGGACUCUCACCCGUACGUGUCGUCCCUGGUGUGUGCCUUCUUCCUGUCUCUGACUCCAGUGUGGGUGGUGAUCUCCUCCAAACACCCGGCCAGCCGCACCCUGCUCUACUCCGGCUGGGAGCCUGUCAUCACUGCCAUGGUCAUCAGCAGUAUCGGAGGACUCAUCUUGGACAAAACAGUGUCUGACCCGAACCUGGCUGGCAUCGUGGUGUACACCCCUGUCAUUAACGGUAUUGGGGGGAACCUAGUAGCUAUCCAGUCCAGCCGCAUCUCCACUCACCUGCACUUCCACAGUGCUCCUGGGGAGGUGCCAGAGGAAGCCAAGGGCUGCUACUACCCCUGCCGCACCUUCUGUGGCACAGGAGCCAAUCACCGUUCGGCCCAGGUGCUGCUCCUAUUGGUGCUCCCGGGUCACCUGAUCUUUCUGUACACCAUCCACCUGAUGAAGAGCGGCCACACCACCCUGACGCCCAUCUUUAUGACCGUCUACCUGGCUGCCGCCCUCUUACAGGUGUUCCUGUUGCUGUGUAUAGCAGACUGGAUGGUGUACUCUAUGUGGCGUAGUGGUAAAGACCCAGACAGUUUCUCCAUCCCCUACCUGACCGCCCUGGGCGACCUCCUGGGCACCGCCCUCCUGGCCCUCAGCUUCCAAUUCCUGUGGUACAUCGGCGACCAGGACAGCGACGUGGGUGACUGAGAUGAUCCCUGGUGGAGGGGUCACGCCCGUGCCUCUACCCCUGACUCAGAACCCCUACCCCUUCUCCUCUUAUGCCUUGCGGGCUUGUUGCCGUUCAGGCGGUUUGCCUCGCUCAGCUAUUGGUCGCUGGAACAUUCCUCUGCCUCUCCUAUUGGGCAGAGUAGCACUUAACUCUAUGCUGAUUGAGCCAUUGAGGAGCUACAGGUGUUAAUUUGGAAGAAAAAAAACUAUAUUAUUUGGAAAGACGUUUCUUUGCAUCUGGUUCCUUUUUUCCAUUCAACCAAUGACACUGCAGUUCUAAAAAUUAUAUGCUUCUUACAGUGCAAUUUAUUAAGAGAUUUGACCCUUGUUGUUUCGUUGCAACAAGUCACUUAUAUCCAGUGGACACUACAAAUUUUACUGGAAUCCUUCAGUUAGUGAGAUGGACAGGCUGCAGUGUUUAGCCCUGACAGAGGGGAGAUGCAUGGGCAGACAUGGUGGAGAAAGGCCAGGUUAUAGGAGGUACACAACUCUGGGCCUGGAGAGCUAGGGCCAGGGUUUGCAGGGUUUUGAUCCAGCCCUGCUUCAACCAAUCAUGGUUAGUCGCUGGAUCAGGUGUUUUAGAGCUGGGAUGGAACAAAAGCCUGCACACUAUGUUGUUGUUACGGACUAGUAUUGCCUACCCCUGCUCCAAAGCUUUAUACAGUCUGUACUAGAGCACUGAGCCUACUGUUAGCUCAGCCCAUAUGCAUCUCACUCUCUGUGGAUGCACUUCAUAUAGUCUCUCAUUAAGGUCAGUCACAGAUUGAAACUCAGUUGUUUAUCUGUUUGGGGUUUUAUGUGGCCAUCUGUACUCUUAGUUUUGUUUUGCAUGAUCACAAGGAAGGACAAAUAGAAUUGGGGACAGCAGCCUGAUCAUGACAGUUAACGGUACUCAAAGGAAUGAAUUGGAUACCUGCUAUUUUUAUACCUCUCGAGGGACUUUAUUCUUCUCUCUCUCUCUCUCUCUCUCUCUCUCUCUCUCUUGAUGUACAGUACCAGUCAAA